CCCGGGACAUCUUGGAGUUCUCAGAUGAGAAUGAUAGCCUGAAGAGAGCGCAUUGAGCUCAAGAUAGAAACAGUCAACAUAUCAAUGUGGCUGCUUAUCCCUUGCAACCUUCGCUUUUGUCCUACGAACUCUUGGCAAAAAUAUGUCUAUUUUGAGCACCUAAAAUCCCAGCAAGAGAUAGUCAUCCAGGCAUACUGAGUGGCGAAAUUCACCCAGGAACGCCAACCCAGAUCACUAGUGCAAUUUUGUGCUCAUGAGGACUCCCAAGCUCUUCUGCCAGCGCACGCUCUGCCCAAAUCUCCAAGUGACCUCCGUAAGGCGGUACCAAAGAGCAGUCCGUUGCCAGUAUGAGCUGGAGCGCAUCACAAGGAGGGCACCGCCCCCUCCUCCUCCCCCGCCACCACCCCCAGCUGGACCCUCCAAUGCUGAUAGGCGGUUGUUGCUUGCGGGAGCAGCGGCUCUUGUUGUGGGCAUUGGGGCUGCGACUGUGUUGGUGUCAGAAGAGAAAGGAGCAGCGGGCGACAGGAAGAAGGACUCAGAUCCUUGGCUGGAGCCAAUGUUGGAGGCUAGACGGGCAAAUGUCAUGGAGAGAGAUGGCACAGUUCUUGUGAGGAAGGCAAAUGGCGACUGGCUCUUCCUGAGGAAGAGCCAGUCCAAUCCGAAAGCCUUUGUGCUUGAGGGGGAGUAUGGAGAUAAGUACCUGCUGCAGCUGGACACAAAGGUCAGCGCGCUCAGCAUGGAUGUCUUGCGGACUUUCUUCUCUAGGCACGAACAGUGGGAGCCCAAGCUGAUCCCAUACAGGAACUGACCAGUGAGAGGCGUAGCCAGCUUUUAGAUGAGCGUUGUACAUCAUGCCUCAAAUUUUGGAAUCGUUCAACACAAUUGGAUGCUUAGGCACUUGUACAUCCAUAUGCCCCACAUGCAGAGACAGGAGGGCAUGUUUAGCCCUGUGCUCAUGUUCAGAACCGUCCCUGUGCUCCUGAUGUGAAUUUUUUUUGUGCAUCGCCAAGAUGUUUUAUGGAAUAUUUAGGUGGUAUAUUUAGGAGGAACAUCCGCAAUUUUGUUACAACUGUGGCCUUUC